AUGGCCGAGCUAUAUUCCAAACCCCCUGUGCUGCGUCGAAAUGGCGCUCUUCAGUCCUGUGAGCCGUGUCGUAGAUCUAAAUUGCGAUGCGAUCACGGGAGACCAGUCUGCGGGCGAUGUAAAACGAAGAAUAUCGAACCUCGAUGCUUCUACCACCCUGCCCCAAUGACGAAGCGAACAGUCUCGACCAGUGCAAGUCUUGUUCAGGCAACCGGGAGGUUGACUAGCCAGCACAGCUCGAAUGCCUCGAGCCCGGGAUCGGCCAUCGAUAGCACUCGACUCCGUGCAACUAUGGAGUUGCCGUCGACGAUCCCUGGAUACCUGGGGUCGACCAGUUAUUCCGCCGUUCUCGCGGAGCACCCGAGCGAAUUGUCUUUUGAGGUAGAGAGUAGCGUCACCUCUGGGUCUUCGACCCGGCUCUUGGACCCGGCUCGUCUUCAGUCGGGUCUGGAGAUGCUCAAACUUCUGCAUAGACUCACAAUUUGUGAUUCAUUGAUCCGGAAAUAUUACUCCCGAACCUUGUGCGUGGUGAUACCGUCUGUCGUGAUCGAGGCCAUCUUGCAGUCUAUCCGAAGCACUCUGAAUAGCCUGGAUUUCAGCGGUGAUAUCGAUAGCCAGUUCCAGGAUCUUGCCCUCCAGAUAUUUCAGAAUUCAUCGCGUCCCAUGGCUGUUCAUGGCACGAUGACAGUCGAAGAUUACUGCGCCUCGUUCACCGGGAAGAAUCUCCGGUGGGAGGCUGUCAUAGUGGUUUUUGUGACUUCCGGUAUAGCAUCGAUGUCCACUCCUGACAAUGAUCCGGAUCUUGUCCAGGUAGCAGGUGAUAGCCAAGCCAAAGAUCGAUUACGGGUUCAAAUUGUGGAAGCGAGCGACACCUGUUUGGGUUUCUGCGACCAGGCCGCCUCCGUUAAUGAAUUAUUGGGGUUUUGUCAAUAUAACGAUGUGAUGCUGAGAACUCAGCAGUACGGCGACUCCAGCUUUCAGGGCUGGCGUCGCCUGGGAGAUCUAUCGGCAACGGUUUACGCUCUUGGGGCCCAUCAAGAGAGUGAGCAGGCCGAUGACUGCCCGUUCUUUCUUCGCCAAUGGAGAAGAAUCUUCUUCGUGGCGGCAUUCUAUGUAGAUAAAUGUGUUGCUACCUUCGUGGGCAGACCUCCGUUCAUCAACUACCGAUAUUGCACCCUGACCCCUCCGUUGGAUUUGAGAGAGGAGACACUCAUAGCUGGCGGAGAAAAGCUCAACCGUGCCAUAUCGGAGCUAGACAUGGCUGGAUGGGGCGAGCAAGACAAGGUCUACAGGGUUUCGGUGAUUCGACUACGUUUUCUGUUGGCGGUGUUUCGAGAGCAGGCUCUUGAGAUCGCCCUGGGAACCUGCGAUCAUUGGGACCUUGAGCAAAGGUCAAGCCACAUUAUUGAGAAAGCGCGCGUAACGUGGGAAGCAGCUCCUGCGUACUUACGGUUUGACGUCCGCACGAAGGAAUCAGUGGAGCCGUUCUCCACCUCCUUCACCAUCCUACACAUGUAUCUAGACUACCAGUAUACGAUAUUCCUCCUGCAGAGGACGCUCGUGAAGCGUACAAAUACGGGCCAGGAGGCGCUCCUCGAGACGUCCCGACGGGUGCUAUCUAUUCUGAUUACUGUCACUGCCGAGCGAGACUCCGUGCUGGACUUAAGUAUACAUUAUUCCUGGCUGAUCCUGUAUUACGGACUCCCCAGUGCCAGUGUCCUCAUGCUCGAGCUCCUGCACCAGGCCCAAGAUGCGGGACUUAGGUCUAUCAUCUUGCCGCGCGCCGAACUCAUCCGGAACCUCAGCGUCUUCGUAUCCUGCCUCUCCUGGGUGUCCCGUCCGAGCCAUGGCAAUUAUCAAACGUGCAAGGAGGCCGAAAAGAAGCUUUCGCACAUCCUCGAUCAAAUUCUUGACCCACAGCCAAUCCAGCAGGAGAUCCUCAAUGAUGUCACGUCCGGUCUGUCCAAUUUCUUGGACUUUUAUAACCCCAGCAACUGGGACUUUAAUUCGGAAUAUCUGCCACCGGCUGAUGGAUUCGUGUUUUGA